AUGGAGAGUGGUUGUGCAGCUGUUGUCAACAAAGAUCUUGGUGGUGUCAGGUUGAAGAGCCAGUGGCUCAACAGCUCAGCCAAGAGGGAGACCAACAGCAGAAUGGACCAAACUUUCCUCAGCAGUAGGAAACACAAGUUCAAUUAUGUUUACUCGAAGGAAAAUGAAAUUCUGCAGCGAAUAACAGCGCUGAGGAAAGAAGGUUUAUGGUCUCUGAAGCGUCUGCCCAAACUCCAUGAGGCCCCACGGCACAAAUCACACCAUGAUUACCUUCUGGAAGAAAUGCAGUGGAUGGCAACUGAUUUUGUGCAAGAAAGAAGAUGGAAAAUAAUAACUGCCUGGAGGCUGAUUUUAAGUGUAGCUCGUCACCACGAGGAUAUGACACUUCAUAAGGAAGCAUGCAAGAAAAGAGAAGAGAAGCAACUGAGGGCUGUUGCUGCUUUUACUGCCAGAGCAAUUGAACACUUCUGGUCCACCAUUAAACAGGUGGUAGAUUUAAAACUGCAAGUAGAGCUAGAAGAGAGGAGGAAGAAAGCAUUAAACUUGCAGAAUGUCUCAAGAAAAGAUAAAAGAGACUCUUCAGAUGAGAACGAGAGCCUUCAGAAGGAGGUGGUGCUUCCAGAUCUUCUCACAUCCACUGUGGAGAAAUCCAUGGCAGAUUUAGCAGGCAUUGCUGCUGCUGCAGGAGCCUUGCUACCCAAAGGCAAUGCUCAAACCACGACAGCUGGAAAAUGGGAUACCCCGUCCCUGCUACGUGGAACUCUUAGGGAGUAUCAGAAGGCUGGACUGGAGUGGUUGGCAAAGCUGUACAAGAUGAACCUCAAUGGCAUUCUGGCUGAUGAAGCUGGGCUUGGAAAAACAGCUCAAGUUGUGGCUUUUUUUGCACAUCUGGCAUGUAAUGAAGGUAACUGGGGUCCUUUUCUUGUUGUCUCACAAAACUUCAGUGUGCUGAAGUGGGAGGUUGAACUGAAACGCUGGUGUCCUGCUUUGAAAAUUCUUCUGUAUCUUGGGAACCCAGGAGAACUUUUUCAAACUGGGCAGGAAUGGUCUGACCCCAGCAACUUCAAUGUCUGUAUUGCUUCCUGCCAGCAAUUCUUGAAAGAUUAUGAAGCAUUCCUGGAAGUACAGUGGAGGUACCUGGUUUUAGAUGAGAGGCAGAAUGGGAAUGAUGUGACAGAGAAGCACUGGGAUGCAAUAUUCCAUCUCCAGAGUCACCAUCGCUUACUCUUGAUGAAUAAACCUCUCCCGACUUCCUUAAAAGAUCUGUGGGCCAUUGCCUGUUUCCUGAUUCCAGAGGCUUCCCAAUCCUGUGUGGAUUCUGGGAAGGCAGCACCUGUGGAGGAGAACAAAGAGCAUUACCAGAGAGUUGCAGCGAGGCUGCAGAGGGUGGUGCAGUCAUUUGUUCUGCAGAGGUCCAGAAUUCACGUGGAGAAGCAGCUGCCCAGGAGAUACGAGCACGUGCUCACCUGUGCUCUGUCCCACCGGCAGAAGGCAAUGUGUGAAGACAUCUUGUCUCAGCCAAGAGCUCAGGAAUGCCUCAGAAGCGGGCAGGUUGCCGGCGUGCUCCAGGUCGUGGCGCAGCUGCUGAGGGUGUGUGACCACCCCGAGCUGCUCAGGCCCCGCUGCCCACGCUCGUCCUGCGUGCUGGACAGGCUGCAGCUCCCAACGGCCUCGGCAGUGCUGGAUGCAGGGGGAUGGCACCUUGGGAAGCAUGCAGACUGGUCUCUCUUUGACGUGAUUGGGAUGGAAAACCAAAUUACUUGCUACGAGGCACAAGUACUGCCAAAACUGAAGGUAACUAGAAAGCUGAUUGAGGAGAUCUACUGCUCCCCCUCAACACCCAGACCUGAGCCAGUGAAGCUCAAACCAAGCAGGUUAUUUACACCAGUGCAGUAUGGACAGAAACCUGAAGGUAGGACUAGAGACUUCUCAGAAUCUCAGUUGCAGCAGACAGUGCACACAGCAACAGUUACAGCAGAUCAUCAUGAGCAGAUACAAAGACGACAACCCCGUGCCCUGUUUUCAAACCAGCAGCAUAAGAAAGCCAGCAAGACGUUACUCACGGCUUCCACAUCUGCAGCACCAGAGGGGACUGCUGAGACAGAGAAGCCCGUGACGUUACAGUUUAGAGGGAAAAUGUUUACUGUGUCCUACAGUCAGUUCUGUCAACUCAUCGACAGACAGUCUCUGAAGCAUCAAGAAUUUAUUAAUGAGACAGUGGAUGACCUGAGUACUAAAUCUAAAUCAGCAUCUACACUUUCAUGCCCAACUCAGGGUACCCUGGAAGAAAAAAGACAACUAAAGGAACACCUGGACAAAAUAUACUCUUGGAAUGAGCGUCGUUGUUCCAGAACCCCCCUGUAUGGCAGAGACCUGUUGGAAACUUGCUCUUGGAUCGGUGGAAGAAAACUCUCUCAGCACUGCUCUGCCAGGAUGAACAAGUGGCGCUGGGCUGGCUUUGCAAACUGCCUUCCCUAUCCCAGCACUCCAGAGGUUCUGCAGGAUCCACUGCAGGAGCUCAUUCUGACAGUGAAGCAGCAGCAGCUCGCCCUGAAGGAUGUUGUUCUGAGAGAUCUGUGCGUGCUGCCAGCUGUAGUUGUUGCUCCUCCACGUUUGCACGUGGCCCAUCCUCCUCACACAUACACCCAUGGAAUGAAGCUCUUGAGGUUUAAUCUCAGGGAGCAGCUACUUCCCUACUCCCAGUCAGUGCAGCAGAUUGCACGGCCUCAGUUUGUGCAGUUUCCAGAUCCCCGACUGGUGCAGUUGGACUCAGGCAAGCUGGAAGCUCUGGCUGUCUUGCUUCAGAAGCUGAAAGCCAGAGGGGAGCGUGUGCUGAUAUGGACUCAGGUGAUUCCAAUGCUUGACAUCCUGGAGCUUUUCCUGAGCCUCCAUCUCCUCACGUACGUACGAGUUGGUCAGAGUGCUGCUCCCAGCUGGCAUUAUCUGGAAUCCAUAAAAACCUUCAACCAAGACAAGAGGAUCUUCUGUGCCCUCCUUUCUUGCCACACUCCCUCCACAGGUGUCAGUCACGUGGAUGUGAACUCUUUUGUCUUCUAUGACACCAGUUUGGAUCUGCUGGGGGACACAAAGGCUGAGGAAUGGUGUGCUAAAAUUGCAAGAGGCAGAGAUAUCCACAUUUACAGGCUUGUAAGUGGUAAUUCUGUCGAAGAGAGGCUGUUGAAACAAGGUGUGAAACAUUUGAUUCAAGAACUGGCUGCUCAGGGAGAUGAUUGUUCAACAGACCUUUUCUCUCAGGUUCUUUGCUCCGAAGGUGGAAAAGAGGAUUCUAGGAAGUUUACAGAAGAGACACUAUCUGAGCUAAGAAAUGACACAGAUUCAGAGCUGGAUGAUACAAAAAACACCGUGGUUCCUUCUCAGCUGGAAGAACAGCUGGCUAGCUUGCUGGGUCAGUAUGCAUUUAAUUUCUUGGAAUUGUGUCACACUUUGGAUGAUCAAAAGAGCCAGAAAGCCAACAAGGAUUUGAAAACUGCAAAUAUAAAAUGGGAGUAUCAGCAUGCCAAGGAGCUGGAAAAGGCAGAACAAAAAUUUCAGGAGGAAGUGAGAGAGGAGCUCUUAACCUAUACCAGACAGGACGCUUAUAACACGGAAUUUGUCAGUGAAGGACCAGAUGGAGAAAUAGAAAUAAUGCCUCUUUGGACUCCCCCUUUUGUACCUGAGAAUCAUGAUGAUGUCUACACUGACUCUGUCCUGUGCCUGAUGUACAGCAGCACCCUGAUUCCAGAGUCUGAGCUGCCCCCUGUGUUUGUCAGAAGGGCGUGGAAGCGGCAGAGAUCAGAGCCGUCC